AUGUUGCUGCCUCCCGUGCGCUUCACGUUGGCUCCCGCACAGAGCCUGCCUGACUCUAUCUGUCAACUCAGCUCCCUGGAAACCUUCUCCUUGCUUUCAUGCGACUCGAUCUGCGAGCUGGCAGCAGGUUUCGGCUGCCUCACAACUCUCACGACUCUCUGCCUCAGGCGAGUUGUGCUUCCAGAAGACAUUGGACACCUAAGUAACCUCCAGAUGCUUCUUGUGAAAAAGAGCUCUCAGCAACACCCUCUGCCGUCCUCGUUGUCUGAGAUUUCUUCCUUGACCAGCCUAUUGCUUCACCAGUGCGGGGUGGAGGAGCUGCCAGAGGGCGUGGGAGAGCUGAGCAAGCUGCGCGAGUUGCACGUCUCCUCCUGCUCUCAUCUUACGGCCCUUCCAGCGUUGCUGACGAAUCCGACUUGUCUUCAAGCUCUCAUACUCUCUGGCUGCACAAAUCUCACAUCCGUGCCCACAAGGUGGGAUGGCCUUACGAGGCUCAAGUGCCUUGAGGUGACAGCAUGUGGCAAGCUGACACGGCUUGAUCAACUCUUGUCGGCUUCACUUGAAACGCUCAGCUGGGGAAGCUAUAGGCAGGCGAUGGUUUCGGCAGGUGUUUCGAGGCUGACGUGGCUUCGGGAUCUUUCCCUGACAAGGGUUAUUAUGGCCAUGCUGCCGGCUGAUAUCGGGUCAGCAUUGCCGCAGCUGCAGAACCUGAUGCUGGUCCGUGUGGGGGAGUUGAGGGAGCUGCCAGCAAGUGUACCCGCACUGCAGAACUUGACGUCAUUGGGGGUUCACUUGGCGCCCAAUCUGCCUUCUCUGCCACAAGACAUCAGCGCCUUAUCCUGGCUGCGGGAGCUGCUGGUCGUUCACUGCACGCAGCUGAAGCAUCUGCCUGCCUCUCUCACCCAGCUUGCCUGCCUGAACGACCUGUCAAUUCUGCACUGCUCCAUCCACUCCCUGUGUCCCAAAUUUUCAUGGCUUGCAUGCCACAAGUCCCUCAACUUGAGUUUGUGCAGACAGCUGCAGGCGUUGCCAACUGAUUUGAGUGAGCUGAAGGAGCUGCAGGUGCUAGAUGUCCAUGAGUGCGAGCUUCUGACUGACAUUGAUUCGUCUGUGCUCCCCAUGAGCAUUAUCCAGACGUGCGCCACCCCUAUUUCUUCCAUAUUGUGGUACCGUAUCAACAACAUCAUUGUCACCGCUAGAGCAUCGCCCUCACACUCAUGUGUCAUCGGGGUGCAGACAGGUAUUGCGCUCCGUGGCCGCGGUGUCUCCCGCCGGCCUAUGCCUGCGACUGCCGACGAGGAAGAUACGGGCAACGAAGCACAUGGGAGGGGUUUGGGAAAUCUCAUGAAUGCGAGUGGUUUUAUAAUGUGUGCUGAAAUUGCAGGUAUCAUUGCACAAUCGGUCAAGGGAGCUAUGCGCGACCAGUUUGAUGAGUUCCUCGAACAUACCCAAGAGAUGAUUGAGAGAGCUCAAGAUGCUCGAGUGUCCAGGAAGCGUAGAAGUACGCCGCCAGACGAGCUCGACGACGAGUCGACGUGA